UUCACAUUCACAAAUAUCACAUAUUUGCUCACCAUCUUACAUAAACCAACAACAACAAAAAAAAAAAAAAAUUAAAACAAAUGGAAGGAUUGAUACCAUAUGUGAUGCAUGCCAUGAAGAAGCACAGGCUGCACAACAGCUACCGCUCCCUCUCCGCCAGCUACCAUCUCCUAGACGGGUCUGUGGCGGCAGAGGGUUCUUCACACCGCCGCACCAGGUCCGAGUUUCAGCCGCCCACAGCUGAUUACUUGCAACAACGAUCAGGGUUCGAUUAUGAUACUCAAGCAGUGAACUUCAAAAAGGAUUCCACCUCUUCAACUGUAAACACAUUUCAUGCUUCAAAGAUAAAGAGAAACUGAUCAGGAAAAUAAUGCAAGUGGUUUUUUUUUUAAUUUAGAUUACAAGAAAAAGAAUUGUUUGAUUGUUUUGUAAUUGUGUGAUAUCGUUGUUUGAUUCUGCAAUUAUGUACAAAAAGUGGUACAUAUUAAAUAAAUAUAAAUAGGCUCAUUCUAUACGCACCCCCACUCUUUCCUGAUUAUACCCCCUUGUGAGAGGAAAACUGUCGGUCCCACGCAGGCCCCACCUGUAAGUAUGUGAGAGGAGG